AUGGUAGUUAUUUGUGAAUUUAUUUUGUGUCUCAAUGGAGAAAUUCGACCUAGAAUCGAUGACAGUGUUGCGAAUUGGGGUGCAAACGGAGUCACAAAGCGAGAAAAUAAAUUACUCAAUCGAAAGAAGCGUUAUUUGACAUUUCCAAAGGGAGCUAGUUUUAUUAUGACACUAUCAUUAAUCAAGUCGUUGAUGAUCAAAACACCAACUGGUUUACGUCUGGCAGCGGAGUGUGAUGUGCCUUUUAGUUUGCCCAGUGAUACGCGAUGGUUAAAACGGCGAAAAGACGUUCACAGACGUCAAAAAAGAGAAGUGUUUGAGCAGAUAUCAAUAGCAUUCCAAGGUUUGGGUUUUAAUGGAACAGCCUGUAUAACCCGUGCAAUUUGCGAUGCUCGCGCCUAUGUGCCCCUGAGAGGCACGUCGUUAGUGAAAGACCUUUUGAUGACUCUAUUCAAAUUCGAUUCCGACCAUGAAUAUUCAACAAAAUGCAACGAAGACAUUAAUUUCUACUGUGACCUACCCCUUUUAAACUAUAUAGAAGGGUUGAUAAGAACUGAAUAACAUAAAACCUCUAAAUUAAAAUAAUUUUAA